CAAAUGUUCACAAUCACCAGUGAGAUGGAAACCCUGCAUCUUCUCUCAUGCUCACAGGUUUGUUGAGGGAGACCAGCAGAUGCUUACGAUGUGCGUUGGCACGAGCUGUAGCUGUACAAAUGCCAGCCCCUAUCAGCUCGUAUCAGCACCGAAGAUGUCAGUUACGUUUCGGUGCGGACUGCGUAAGGUCGUCCUGCAGUUCCUUCAGCUCGUACAGUACGUUACGGACUCAAUUGAAGUUCACGCUGUAGCUCUACGUUUGAAUUUGUAACAGAUAGUGAUAAGUAAUCAAAGCGAUUUUUAAUGCCGAAUCUUAGAGAAUGCUUUAUAUUGUGCGUGUAUAUUAAAUGAAACAAAAAAUAGUAUUCAAGUGAACUAGUUCAGUGAAUGUUAAGCGAACAAAUUGCACAUCUUUGCGAGUGGGUGAAACAAAUAGUUUUAAAAUUUUAAAAGUGAAUGUGCAAGUGUCUGUUUGAAAAGAUCAGACUGCCUGUCUAGCAAAGUUGCUGCCGGUCAACAAAUUUGCUCCUGAUAGGAAGCGCAACAAAAAAAAAAAACUCCAAACAGGCAAAUAGCAUCAACCACUUUUUACCAACCGAAAUACCCACAAACACCGUGAUUCGCUCUCAUUCCCGCGGCACUGCUUCGGUGGAAAGGAUCCCGACACAUCAAUGGCAGCGAAAAACGCAACCACCAGUGAUAUUCGAAGAGACCCGAACGUGAAAGGGAACGAUAAAACUACGCAAGUGUGCAUUUGAAGGAUUGGCAUCAACGGCACAGGCAGGACAUAGUGGAACAGUAGUACAAUAGAAAGGAAGAAAAAACUCAGCUCCCACACAAGUCGGGCGGAUUUUGGAUGCUGUAACAACCCCGGGACAUUCGUCAUCGAGGUAAUCGUUUCAAGUGACUGUGUGUGUAUAUGUGUGUGUGUAAACUAGGGUGGAGAGGCUAGUGUGAAAGAUGUACGGAGAUAAACGCGCAAUGCAAAACUACCAGGACCAGCAUCCGCACGUGCAGUAGUAGCACCAAGCGUGGGACGGGAGCGUGGUCUGCGAGUGACACUCAUCCUGGUGGGACGCAAAAACCGAACAAAGACAGCUUGACACUGCACUCGGUCGACGAGCGCUAGGAGCGUGGACGUGUGUGAUCGUAAAUAUUUUACUAUCGCGUAAGGCAGCCGCCCUACGCCAGGACGCCACGGAAUGCUGACGCCAGUGUCCGGACUCGUCAGCCUGGUGGGCGCUGUAACGGUGGCUACCGCAACCUCUACAGCCCCAGCCGCUAUGGCGUCGCUCGCACUCGAUCACACCGAGCUUCCGCUGAUAGGAACCGACCAUCCUCCGAACACUGGGAUGCUGGGCCGAGGACUUUCAGCGUCGAACGCAACGAAUCUCACACUGACGCUCGAAGAGCUGCUGCUGUUUGGACGUCCGAACAGUUCGACGGUGGCCCCACCGAGUGUAGACAACGAUAUUAUCUUCUCGAACAAGCUUGUGCAGAUCGUGUUCUGUGUACUUUACUCGAGCAUCUUUGUGCUGGGAGUGUUUGGCAAUGUGCUGGUGUGCUACGUCGUGUUUCGCAACAAAGCCAUGCAGACGGUCACGAAUCUGUUCAUCACGAAUCUUGCCCUCUCGGAUAUACUGUUGUGUGUGUUGGCCGUACCGUUCACUCCGUCCUACACGUUCAUGAGACGAUGGGUGUUUGGGAAGUUGCUGUGUCACACAGUGCCUCUGGCGCAAGGUUGUAGUGUGUACAUAUCGACCCUAACGCUUACGUCGAUCGCGAUCGAUCGGUUCUUCGUGAUCAUCUAUCCGUUCCAUCCACGCAUGAAGCUUUCGACCUGCAUCACCAUCAUCGUGCUGAUAUGGUCGUUCGCGAUAAUGGUGACGAUGCCGUACGGACUCUACAUGAAGCUGCACGGCGUGGCGUCCAACGGAACGGACGGCGCCUCGAACGCACUUUCCAGCGCAAUGUACUGCGAAGAGUUGUGGCCAUCGGAGGAAAUGCGUAAAACCUUUUCCAUUGUCACAUCGAUACUGCAGUUCGUGCUACCGUUCAUCAUCAUGGCGUUCUGCUACAUUUGCGUGUCCAUACGGCUGAACGAUCGGGCACGCACCAAACCGGGCAGUAAGACUUCCCGGCGAGAGGAGGCCGACCGCGAUCGCAAAAAGCGCACGAACCGAAUGCUUAUUUCGAUGGUGGCCAUCUUCGGCAUUUCCUGGCUACCGCUGAACGUAGUCAACAUGUGCAACGACUUCAACUCCGACAUUAACAGUUGGCGGUUCUACAAUUUGAUCUUCUUCAUCGCACAUCUUACGGCCAUGUCCUCCACGUGCUACAAUCCGUUUCUGUACGCCUGGCUGAAUGAUAACUUCCGCAAGGAGUUUAAGCAGGUGUUACCCUGCUUCGACCCGUCCCGUGGUCGGGCGGGGACUGUCGGAGGCAAUCGGGGUGCGGGAGGAGGUUGGCGUUCCGAGCGGACAUGCAACGGCAACAACGACACCGUGCAGGAAACGCUAAUACCGAGCUCUCAAAUACUUCCCUGCAGUCGCAGCUCACAACCGCAGCAACAGACGCAACAUUUGAGUUCUUCCUCGAGCCAGGGCCAGAGCAAUCAGCCGACCGUUGAUUCGAUUCUGCUCUCGGAGGUUGUCCCACCGCUUUCACUUCCGCCACCCCUCUCCAACAACAUGCUGCCGAGUGUGCAAAGCGCAGAAACCGUAAUCCUGCCAUCGGGCGUGCUGGAAACUCCGUUCGAUGUGCAACUUAUUCCGACCGCAGGAACACCGCUCGGUAACGGAACGUCGGAAGGUACGAAUCUCGCCACGUCGGCCGGUGUCCGCAACGGAUUAAACCACGCGUGUACGAACCCGAAACUAUCGUCCCUGAUCCUCAUCAAUGAUGGAACAACGGCCGACUCGAAAGUGCCCGCUAUACUUUAAGAAGGCGUGUCAGCGAUGCCGGUUGAUAAACCCGGGGCAUCGAAAUCAAUCCUUGUGAGCAGCAAAUAUUAAAUUGCAUCAUCUUCCUUCCUCGAGGCCAACGAUGUAACCGAGUCUCCGGCAAGACGAAAUGAGUUGACAAAUUCAACGGUCACAUCACAGAUCCUCGUCAGAUCAUCAUCGGCAGCAAACAUCAACCAUUCGCCACGCUGCGUAAAAUGCGUGCGCGCGAGUGUGUCCUGUUUUCAACGCUGCCUCGGGGUGUGAAAUGAAACGGAUUUUCAGCGGUUUCAGCGAACAAAAAAGCGAAGCAAAACAACCACCCAAAACAGCAAAAAAAAAGUGCAAUGCUGGUGUGGAUUAAAUGAUGUGACAUAAACGAGACGACAUGUGCGCGUCCCAUGGUUUGCCGUAGGGCACGUUGUGAUGUGUCUCAUAAUUCCUCGCGCAAGAAAAAAAAAAAAUGGGCACCGAGACAAACCGUUUCUCUAUCUUCCUUCGUACCGGUUCUCGGUGUGGAUGAGUGUCUCGUUACCAGGCUAUGACUCGGAGAAGGAGAGAGAGAAAGAGAGCUAGUGCAGCAAAGUUUCACAGAAGCGGUGUGCUUAACGAGAUUGCCAAGGUGCAUCGAACGCCUCGUGCUCGGGCAAGCUGCACGUGAGGCUACAUCGCGCGGGCGUUCUUCCGCACGUAUGAACGAACGAAUAAACGAAGUAAACAACCGAGCAACGAGUCGUCAAAAUGAUCGACUUUACCUACGUGAAGAUGCAAAAAGUCAAGGGUGAUAGAAAACUUUAUUUGAUCGUUUUAGUGAGACACCGCCUGUGCAGGCGUUCUGUCACCAACGACCCGUGCUGGUGAACGGAUUAACGGUCCUGGUGAAGUAAACAUCGACAUACCAUCGCUCUUCUGUGUGCUGUGUGCGAGUGAGUGAAGCAGUAGAGUGUAAGGAAAAACGAAGCCGAAAAAGCGUUGAAGCUAACGACAAGGAAGCUCUGGUAAUCAGUUUCUCGGCCGAGACAGCUCAGCAAGACGGUAUAAAAAUAGUGAAAUUAUUAAGCCACAGACAGCGCCAGACAGCGCCGCCACUUACGGUACAGGGUACAGAGGAAGUAGAGAUAGAGCGGAUGGUGACGGUGGCCCACCAACGCGUUAUCCUAAGAACCUUUCGCUGUAAGUUGUAGUGUGUACGUGAAGCAGUGCAGCAAUCUUACAGCACUACUGGCAUGUGUUGCAAAGCAAACCAAAUGAAUGUGUAAAGUUGUAGGGAAGCAAAAUGCAGCGAGAGAGACAGACGAUUUUCCCAUACGCUUUUCGGUGCUUCCGUUAGUCGAUGUGUGGUAUUUGUAUCUGGCGUUUGAAUCAGCAAAUAUCGGUAACUGUCUGAUGAAGCGAUUCCGGUGUCUGUGGUGUGGUCUGGACUAGUUGCUAGGUGUCUGACCGUCUGCUCUCUGCGUGUACGUCUUAAGAGCGCAAACAUUGGUUCGUGUGGCCAAUCUGACGUGUCAGUAACUCAUCCUCCCGUACUGCUGUACUCCAAUCUCUUGGGUGUGCUAAGAGAACAAGCUCGGUGCUUGGAUACUGCAGUUUCGAAAUCCUCGAGUCAAUAUAGUUUUCACUUUUCGUGCUGUGAUUGCUUGGUCAAGCUCUUUUCGCGAUGGAGGUUUUGAGUCCCUCAAGGCAUGAUUACGGGUUGGAGAAUCCGCUUUGUGCUUUAUACGGCGAAAGGAUCAAAUUAUGUAUUUUGUCCCUUUGCUCGGAAAAUAAUUGCAAUGGGAGGACCACAAUUCAAAACGUUUAUCCUGUCUCAUUCCCAUUGGCCGCUGUUUAAUUCUAGUAAACGGUCUUUAAUUUCAAUCGAUCCAAUUUCUACCCGUGAGUUCGUUCUAAUUCGUUGCUUUCCCACGACUCAACCGGGAGGUCCUUCUGGGACGCUUUUAUUAUCCUCUUUGUACGCGAUUUGAUUGUCCUUCUGGUUAAUACGAAUCUUCACAGAAUCGGACCGGUUGAGGCUGUGAGUGCUGAUGCCAAAGAACAAGAAGAACAAGCAUGGUCCACCUUCCUGUUUCUUGUGGCCAAAGGAAUGAAAUUUCCAAAGCCCGAGCGAAGCAAAACACGUCAUUUGAGAAAAGUGGAUCCGAUGACAAACGUUUGAUAAAUGCGUCACAUUUUGCACCGGGGCCGACCACCCUACGGUUCGAAAUGUAAAUUAAAUUUAACAGACCACUUAUCAUCUUGCUUUUCGUGCUCUCGUUUCUCAUCGUUUUUUGCUGAAUAUUUCUUUGCUGUGAAUCGAGUAUUUGGCGGAUUCUCGAUCCUUUUCCAUAUUAUUAUCUACCAUCAGCGACCACUUCACAUUCCACUCCAUUGUAUUCCUAUUCCCGAAUUCUCGAGGGAAAUCAACACUGUGAUCCAUCAAGAGACAGUUGCAGAAGCACAAAAACCACCCUCCCAUUCGCUGGUCGCCAGAACAGCCUUAAAUGGUAGGAAUUGGGGCAUGGCUUCGGGUCCUGUAAUCUGUCAGAUUACAAACUGGCCGAUCAACCACCUCACUCGGCGCAUGGAAGGUCAAACGGUUCCACAUAAGCAUCAAACCCGAAUAUCUCGCCAUAGUCGACCGCAUGAUUGUGAGUUUGUACUGCGUAAGCAGCUUCACACUUACUUCGCAAGCGUUGGACUGAGUUUAUUUUCCUUUUCUUUCAUUUGAAAUGGUUUUCAAUUUAGUUUUUGAUUGAAACCAGCGACGGGAUUGUAUGGGAGAGUUGAAAAUUCCACACGAUUGGCCAAAUCCACCAGUUACUGACCCGACCGCCCAAAACUGACCACUGGAUCGCCUAUCGUCAGGGGAAUUGCAACAGAAGAAACAGCCCGGCAACAGAAUCGCCACGCCAUGUUCGACAGACUGUUAAACUCGACUCCACUUUCCUCGUGCGCUGCGUGUGAUUGAGCCCCGAGAUUCUUGGAAGUCUACACAUGUGCCCAGUUGGUCUUCAUCCUCACCCGGGUGACGUUGUUUUGAAGUGUUUGUGAGUUCUUUUCGUCCUUUUUUCUUCUUUUUUUAUUGGUUCCGAUACCGACAUUCCGUUCGGGGAAAACUUUCAUCACCCACUCAGGGCGGUUUCUUUUCGAUGGUUUUCACACACACACACACAGACACAGACACGCACAUAGGAGCAGCAGUUGGACCGGUUUGGCGUUCGUAUUAUUUGUGCCGUGAUUGUUUGUACGCGUGGUUCGAGUGGGCCAACUGAUCCUCAAUGGGUGGAAGAAAUAACAUUUUUGUACAAUUCCAUCCGACAUUUUCCACCGACCACCGGCCCGGUUUUGGUGAGCCGACGAUUCUGCGAUGCGAAGGUUCGGAAGCUUUAUUGUGGGUUCAGAAAUCAGCUUCUUUCUUUCGAGGUUUCAAUCGACCGUUUCACUUUGACAAAGAGCGUAGAGAUUUAAUUUGAACAAAACAGUCGACAAAUCCAACGACACCAUUCGAGACAGCAAAAGAGUUGCAAAAGUGCCCGUUUCGAGGAAUCAAAAGAUUACUUUGCUUGGUAAAGAAUUGUUUCAGAGGGUUUCCAUCGGCGAGGAAAAAGACUGGUGAUGGAGGUAAAUGGGGUAAAAGAGAUAAAAUUGUCUAAUAAUAGACUCUUUCAAGAAUCUCUCCUACACCAACAGAUAGUAAUGGUUGUUCAUUUAUUUAGCAUGCUCCUAGUAGGUGCUAAUGAAGGCUACUUUAUGUCACGUUAAGUGACAAGCGAAGUUGAUAAUGACAGAACAACACAGGACAUGCACGGUUAUUCGACUCCUUCGCAGCUUAAAGUGCUCUCUUCUCUUUCUUUCCUUUAAGUAUCAGGAUGUAUUUCUUGUUAAUUUCAUAACCACCAUUCUGUUGGAGGAAUGGAGCUUGUAGUUAGUAAUAAAUUAACACAACUUAGCAGCAAGGGCAAAAUGAUUCAUAAUUUCUCGCUCGUAAGCAGCUUCACCACCUGUUUUACCGUGCUUAAGCAACAGCAUCACCCACUGGUGACAUUAUAAACCAUUCAUUGUUGCGGCUUUCGGUAACCUUUUCGACCGUCACCCUUGAUAUGGCAACAAAAGAACCUCUCAUAUUACAUCCAACCUUUUUGAAUGGUCAACGCCAUGGUACCAUUAAACUCGGGCAGUCAAAAGAGCGUGUCCAAACAAUGGCACCGUCGAAAAGGCUACAAAAAAUCCGACUCUUUCCCCGAGGGACCCAUAAAUAUCACCAUAAACCCCCACGCACAUAGCCUCCGAAAACCCAAAAGCAUGAGCCUUUUUUCCAAAGCGCUGCCAUGGUGAUGGCGUGAAAAACGACGCCUCCUUGACCUAGCCAAGCCCAGUUGCUUCGAAUCAAUCAAUCGGCCGAAAAAUUAAAUCUUCUCUCUUCACGCUCAUAAAUCAGUGCCCACAAUAAGCGAUUGAGGGGCUCUUUUUUAUUUACACACGUUAGCUGAAACAACAAUGUAGCCUCGCAGGAACAACAAAACAAAGAGGAACUCUGCCAAAUUGUGACGGCGAGCUGAUUCCCAUACCGAAAAGCUCGUCUCCUCGGGGACUCUGUGCGGGAAUGGUAAAUGGCAAGGAAACACAAUCACUAACCAUGAUAUUAUCGGUUCCCUUGGGACACAAAAAAAAAGAAUCCUCGACGGUCGCCUUCUAGCGAGCAAAACCCGGUACUCAUCCGUGCGCUGAUUUGUAUCGCACGCUGUCUUCCGGCCAACAUAAUGGAGGCGCCCAGUCUUUGUUGCGAUUUCUUUUACAAAUCAUGUACAUUAUCGUUAUUUUUGCGUUUGUUGCUUUUGACGACCAUUCCUUUUUUUAUCGGACUGUCUUUCAGCUGACUUCACUCACUUUCGUGAUAAUUAUUUCAUAGCUUCAACUCGCAGAAGAGAAAAAAAUGUCUUGAUCGAACGCCAAACCGUCUUUGCCUGUCUUUAAAAACACAGAUACGAUUCUAUCCUAGAGAAAACCACACAACCAUACAAUGAAAGCCAGCAAGCUCCCGGAGUGAGUGCGUGGAAACAUUUCCCUGCAAAGCGGUGUAAAGAAAAAAUGUACAUAGUCCAAAAGAAGCAAAGGAAAACAACAGGCCAAUACUUCCAAUUCUGAUGCGCGUCGUCUCGAGGAAAGUGGACUCAAGUGGUGUUGCUGGUGUUGUGCUGUAUAAAUUCUUCCGUUUUGUUAUUUUGUUGAUUCAGUUCCGCUUGACAGCAAAUGGUAUUUGACCGACCGUUACGAAGACAACUGUGAAUCGUUCUGUGAGGAAAAGUAAAUGGCAUUAACCGGGGCUACUCGAAUGCAAUUGUAAAAAAAAGUGACUGCUACAGCAAGAUGGGUAUGAACCACGGUCAGAGCAAGCAAGCAAGUGUGGGAGAUAGAGAGAGAGAGAGAGAGAGAGAGAGAGAGAGAGAGAGAGAAAAGAGUAAAGCAUCCACUACGCCCCAUUUCGUGUGUUUAAGCACCCGUGCACAGUUAAGUUAUAAGCACACCGCGAACACCGAAGAAAAAGCAACAGGAGCUGCCAUUUUUCUCUUCGCAGCGCAUUUCUUUUACUGGUUAUUUAUAAUUGCCCCGAGUGCAUACAACAACUUUACUCUUCUUGGAAUGCUGCUCCACCAAGUCAAGUCCUUCGACUUCCGGUGUUUUCUUCGCCCCGCCCGAUUUUCGUUUCUUCUCCGUCCGGCGGGAUAUCUGUAUCGUUUUGUGUGCAUCGCGGAAGGUCCAUUAUCAGCAACGUUGCAGCGAAAAGUUGUUGCACGAGUGAGUUUUAAUGUGAAACACGAACCAUCUAUCGUGCAGCACGAGACGAGAGUGAGAAAAAGUGGCUGAAUUUAUUAUCUCCACAGCUGACGAGCAGUGUACGUGAACACUGCUGCGAACGAGGAAAAGAAAAGCUCGAUACAAAGAUAUGCUGGGUCUGUGAGACGAUGUAACAGGAAACUUUCGAUACUGGCCACCAAAUAUCUCGGUUUCGUGCUGGACCAACGUACAUUGUGCAGUGAUUUUUAUUUAAUACCCGAGUAAAAGCUAACGAACGACAGAAAGUGGAUGAGUGGAAGUAGUAGCACAGAUAAGCGUUGGAUUGCGUUAGGAAAAUAGAAAAACACAGCGAGAGAAAAAAAAACUAUCCCGAUCAUUGGACCUCAAAUUCCCAUCUUGAGUAACCGAUAGAUGGCCCGCAAUCUAAAAUGUGAGCCAGAAAAUGGGGUAAUUUGUUUUACAGGCGGUAGUAAAUUCCGUUGUUCUUCUCCGUGCUCCAAAAUCUUCCAUUACUUCGUUGUGUUGGACAUGCUGGACCGCCGAAACAGGAGUUCCGUUGUAAGCAAAAAAGGAAUAUUUAUUUUGGUUCAUUCCAUUCUGUGCUCGCACGUUACGCAAGUUGUGUUCGGAUGUUAAAAGUGCAAACGUAGCCACCCCGAAACGUUGGUAAAUUUAAUCAACAUGUUCCGAAGAAAAACUGGCUUUACUGGUGUUCCGGAAACCGAGCGGUAUAGGAAAAUUGCAACACCGUCGCUGGACUUUGAUGUCUAUUUUUGCCGUUUCUAGGGCUGUUGGGCGAGUUAGCUUUUUUGUCGUCUGCUAUUCGAUGCCAACGCAGCAACGCGUGCAUUGGGACACGUUUGAUGGCAGCACAGGUAACCUUUUCCUGUCCUGUUCCUGGUGCGCUGGUUCGUUUUGGGUAGAAUAUUAACUUUUAUACCACAGCCACGGACAAUUGUGUUACGAUACGGUGGGAGGAGGAUGGAAAGGAAAUAAAGCCGUGUCCUUGCUUGCUGGUAGGCGUUGAUCACGGUGACAAAAAUCGAUACUCAAUAGCGCGCCAAAAUCAUCGGCCAAGAGCAGAGUUGUCUAACCGUCAAAAAAUUGGAGCAGGAUUUUAAAAAAUUGUUCAAAGUUGAAACCAAAAAUUGGAGCAAUAUACAUCAAUAGAAAUAAAAUCUCGCUUUUUGAGUAUCCAGAAACCACAAAAACACCUUGAAAUAAAAAGCGAUUCGACACCCCUGAACACUCUUCUCGAGGAUCAGUCUUGAAACCCCUCCGCCAAUGUCCUAUUUCUAGUUUGCGAUGUUGAAUCCAAAAGAAUACACCGUUAAGGCUUGCUUCCCUACAUGUUGUGCCCGGCAAACCUGCGAACCAACUAAAAAGGAAAAAUAGCCAACAGCACAACAAAAAACCCAAAAAAUGUUCUUCAUAACACCAACUCGACACGUGGUUUCUUUGUAAUGCCGGGUGAACUGAUGCGAUACAUAAAACGCACGACCUCGGAAUCAGCCUUGGUUUAUGACUUGGCCUCUCCCUCCCACACUCACACACACACACACACCUACACACAUGCCCUCUGCAACGGUUGUAAAAAGGGACAUUUUAUGCAACACAACCUCGACGACGUUUGUGUUUUUUUGUCCUCCCCAUCGGCCUCAUCCUCGUUUUUCGAACCUGUUUCGGUGGCGGAAAAUGAUAUACGAAAGGUGUUUUAUUCAUAAGCAGCACCUUCGUGUUCCAGCCUUACAUGUUUGGUGAAAGGAAACGAGCAAAGAAGCAACCAGAAGGUGUGUGAGAUUGAUUUUACUCUCGCAUUUACAUACGCAGCACGCAGUUAAACGAUGCGCACGAUUGGUUGAUGCCAUGCCGUGGGAAAAUACGUUCCACAACCAUGCAAAUGAAAAGCCCAACAUUUCCAUCGCCAUACGUCAAAUAAAAAUAUAAAUAAUAUGCCUAUUUUCGGUGGGGCAGGCCGCACGAAGGCGAUCACAUUAGCGACGAUUUGUGCUGUUCCAGUAAACCAUAAAGUGCGCGCGAUUCCGCGAUGGUGACGAUGCUGAUUGUGCUAAAACCCGUGCGCCAACUGCUGCUAAACAAUUCGCAUGAAUUUUAUGGGGACAACCAACAUCGCUCACCAACCCCGUGGGGUAGAAGUAUUAUUUGUCUUUUAUUGCCAUGGAUACAUGAUGUACAUUGGGGCUAAUGCCGCACUGCAAACGCGUCCCACGUGCCUGCCAACUGUUUGUACAUUAUUAUCUUGUCCCAGCAAAUAAACCCCAAAAUAGUCAGCUGCAAGUGGCCGUUUCGGUGGUAGAUUCGCGUGUUUCCUGCCGCUCUUGCCGGCUUUCUGUAUAUUAUUGCUGUACUAGCGGCUUUAUUUCAACCACCGCUUGCGGCACAAUUGCCACGCGCCUACCUAAGGCAUUGGCCCACCAAGAACAACACUGUUGUAGACAGAAGCAUUUUGCGGCACCAAAAUAACGAUAGUACCGAUGCAAUUAUCAUUAUCUAAACGAGAAAACAAUUGAGCUAACGUCCGCCCGGCGUUCGACACCAACAGGAAUUCAGCUCGACUGCAGUAAUUCCGACAAAUGAUCCACUACUAUUGCUGUCAACCGCAAUCAGUUGUUAAUUUACACCAAAUUUGAUUUAAAUCGAUACAUUUAUUUGGGAUGCGUACUGCAGCAAUCGGUCGGAGUGAAACGUUUGUUUAUCCGUGGUUGAUUUGUUGAUCGAAUAAAAUGAUUUAGUUAGUGGAUCCUUUUGCAGGUCGUUUGUUUGCUUGUGAAAGACCUGGGCGAUGAAACAUUCGUAAUCGAUUGAGCGUGGGAACUGUGAGCGUUAGUGCAAGAAUGUACGAGCAACUUUUGUGGAGAACUUAUUAAAUUUAUAGUAGACAUGAUUAAAUGAUAGACCUAACAAUAAUAUUUAACUCGUUGUAAUUCAAAAAAACACAACAAAGUAAUGUGAUGUGAAGCUAUGUAACGGAAAGAACUAAAAGUAUGAGUAGAAUAAAUUGAGAAUUGGACGAAAGUUGCAUUUCGCCGUCAGUUAUUAGGAUGCACUGCGCUAGAAAGAAUUAUCGCUCUUUAGAAAAAUGCAUCUGUGAAUUUGGAUGACUGCAUGUGACGAAACGAGCUAGUUAUUACAUUGUUUUACAAAAAUAUUCCAUCAUUAGCUUUGACCGUUGGAGUUUAGUCAAGUCAAGCUACCAUUACGAAUACGUACUCCACGAAGUAAUUGAACCGUAGUGUGUUGAUAUAGAACGAUGUUUACAGUAUCCGUGAAUCGAUCCGUUUUUAAAAUGUAAGUACGCCAUCGGUCUCUCAGUUGGAAGAUAUUAAGUGGAUUACUAGACCCAGUAGAUCCCCUUUACUGUACAGCUGAUUUAGUAACUUUAGAGCAGAUGAGAGAACCGAUGGAUUCACAUAUAAAUUGAAUGCACAAAGAAAACGAAAGCUAAAGUGAGAGCUUAGACGAUAAGGUAAGGGAGCUAGGGAUAUUUGUUGAGCUAAUUGAAACACAAUUUUACUAGAACGAUCGUGUUAGGCAAUAGUUCGUUUCUAGAGUCAAAUCGAAACCACAUUCAAUGACAUAAAAACCAAAUUAAAUAACCUAAGAAUGCGACUGAACGUUGAUAAUGGGUAAGACGUUAACAGGGCCUACCACAAAACAGGAGCCAGUCAACCCACACACACACACACACACACACAACCUUACACUCUAUUUGAGAUUCACGAUAUGAUACUCUUAAUACUAAGGAAGAAUUAGUGCGACAUUCUUCGGCCGCAAAAGACCACCCUGCUUUCGACGUUAAUUGGAGGCAAUUUGAAAAAAGGACGUGACUUUAAUACGAAAGAAUGUACCGGCCGGUGUAAAAUGAGCAAACAUUUGGGAAAGUUCCCCAAAUGGAUUGCAAGCCCAACUGCACGUGACAGCCAAUGAAAAGAGAAAAUAAACAUUACUAUCAUAAAAAAACCGUAA